AUGUCCUUGAAGUGUUAUAACAUGUUGGUCCUUCUGCUUUUGGUUGUCUAUCAUAACUUUUAUGGAAAUGUUGCUGCUCAGAAAAAUGGCUUAGGAGCUUCUUUCAUCUUUGGGGACUCCUUGGUGGAUGCAGGAAACAACAACUAUCUAUCAACUCUCUCUAAGGCAAACAUCCCUCCCAAUGGAAUUGAUUUCAAAGCCUCUGGAGGAAACCCCACUGGCCGAUACACUAAUGGAAGAACCAUUGGUGAUUUAGUAGGGGAGGAAUUGGGACAACCAAAUUUUGCUGCCCCAUUUUUGGCGCCAAAUGCAACUGGGAAAACCAUACUUUAUGGAGUGAAUUAUGCUUCUGGAGGAGGAGGGAUUUUGAAUGCAACAGGAAGAAUAUUUGUGAAUCGCCUAGGAAUGGAUGUUCAAAUAGAUUACUUCAGCAUAACAAGAAAACAGAUUGACAAACUGCUGGGAGAAUCAAAAGCUAGAGAGUACAUAAUGAAGAAAUCCAUUUUCUCUAUCACUGUUGGGGCCAAUGAUUUUCUCAAUAAUUAUCUCCUUCCAGUUCUCUCUAUUGGAGCGAGAAUUUCCCAAAGUCCAGAUUCUUUCAUAGAUGACAUGAUUAAUCAUUUCAGGGCUCAACUUACGAGACUUUACCAAAUGGAUGCUCGGAAGUUUGUCAUUGGCAACGUUGGCCCAAUAGGCUGUAUACCUUACCAGAAGACCAUAAAUCAGCUGAAUGAAAAUGAGUGUGUGGAUUUGGCUAACAAGCUUGCACUUCAAUACAAUGCCCGAUUAAAGGAUUUGCUUGCUGAGCUAAAUGACAACCUCCCCGGAGCCACGUUCGUCCUUGCAAAUGUCUAUGAUUUAGUGUCUGAACUCAUCACAAAUUAUGAUAAAUAUGGAUUCACAACAGCAUCUAAAGCUUGCUGCGGAAAUGGGGGCCAAUUUGCAGGGAUAAUUCCAUGUGGGCCUACUUCUAGCAUAUGCAAUGAUAGGUACAAGCACGUGUUCUGGGAUCCUUAUCAUCCAAGUGAGGCUGCAAACCUAAUCCUCGCCAAGCAGCUACUUGAUGGAGACAAGAGAUACAUAUCUCCUGUGAAUCUUAGGCAACUUCGGGAUCUUUGA